AUGUUAUUGCCUACUGAUAAUUCUUCAAAUAUAGCAAUAUCAACUGCUAUUGAAUCAUGCAAAUAUCAUCCAUAUUAUUUAGCUGGUGACACUAUUUGGCGAAUUGGUUCCCUUUUAUGCGUCUUGUUGGGUAUGCCUGGUCAUAUCAUGAUUAUUUUUAUAAUGUUGAAUUCGAGAUGUCGAAGACAGCCCGUUUGCUUGUACUUCGCUACGAUUGGCUUUUUUGAAUUGUUUUAUCUUAUAAUUGUUUUCUGGUUAUGGUGUGCUUCAUUUUCACUCGUUCGUGAUCCUCGUGAUGUUUUAACAUGUGGAAUUUAUUAUAGUAUAACAGUGGGCUCAUCCAAUGUUUCAACACUUUUACUUGCAGCUGCAUCGAUUGAUCGUCUUCUGAUUAUUGUUUACCCUAGUCUGUAUUCAACAUUUGUAACAAGAAAAAAAGCAAUAUUAAAAAUAAUCGUUAUUAUAUUAUUUGUCUGUAUUCUUGUUGUUCAAUAUCAUUUUUCAUAUUAUUUUUCCUAUUCAUAUUAUAUGUGCGAAUAUUAUUCGUACGCACAUUUAUGGCAUGGGCAAAUUUGGCCACUUAUACAUCUUGCCCUUCUGGCAUUUGUUCCAUGUCUAAUAAUAUGCGUUUGUUCAUGUGUUAUAUUAAAAAAUCGUUAUUAUCGUCGUCCAUCAACAACAAGUGAAACAACUGGUACAAGACAUAUGCGUACAGCUUCACUUUUACUUGUCAUUUAUUCAAUAUAUUAUACACUAAGUGUAAUGCCAUUGAGUAUUCUUCAAUUUUUUCAUCCCUAUUUUUUUAAUGAUAAUGCAAUGAGACAAGCACCUGAAACCAAUUGUGCAAAAUUUUCACAAUGGAAAUUGCUAAUGAAAUUCUGUAUGCUUUUAAUGGCAAUUAAUUAUUCAAACAAAUUCUUUGUUCAUUAUCUCGUAUCAAUGCAAUUUCGUCGAUAUGUUUGGAAUAUUUUCAAAAAAGUUACUUUUAUUCCUGAAAGAAAUAAUAAACGUUCGAGGAGUGUUGAAGGUAGUUCUGGUGUUUAA